AUGAACAACGUGUCAAAAGAAGUGCAUAAUAUGACUUUCCUAAAGAAAGCUUGGGAUGGUUUUGUAGAGAGAUUCCUAAAUGGGGAAUUCUGGUUUGAUUUAUAUUUAGCUGUUUACAAAUGGUUACGAAGUUGUUUACUGAAUACUGAUAAUCUUCGUGAAGUAUUAUUCCCAAGACGUUAUUACGAAUCAAGUAGCUUUCAGCUAAGUGAUUUACUGAAAAUACUCAUGCGUCGAUAAUUAUUACUUCUUCUUUCACCAACCGAAUGGUGAAAUAAACUGACUGUUGAUUGUAUUUUUGCUUUGAUCCUAC